ACUGUGAAAGGAAAUCAGAUACCUGCAACCUAUUGCUUCAACAUUAUGGCAUAAAGUGCCACUGAAUGGUCUUAUUAAUAAAACACCGUAUUAUAUGACUAUACCUUAAGAAACUCAAUUCGUUUAUUUAUUACUGUAUACAAUUGCUAUCAAAUCCGUCAGUAAUUCGUUCCAAAUUAAUUACCCAUACCGUGCAAGUACAAAUUAAAAACCACACUGCAAAAGAGUACGCUAGCCUAGAGUCGUAAUCGUUUGUCCCUCUCUCUCUGCUUUCUUUCUCGGCCAUCUCAUUGCGUAACACGCCAGAAGCAGUAUUUUUGUGGAACUGUGACACUUAAUACAGAGAAAUAUAAUGGCAGCUACUUUUGCUCAGCAUAGAAGAGAAGAUUACUCUUUGUCGGGCCUGGCGGGAUUUCCUUUCCAGCUAGAAGAAAACCUUGCAAAGAUUCUCCGAAUAAACCCUGCUGACCUGGAAUCAGUCUCCAGGUAUGUCAAGAGCAAUAAAGAGAAACGACUCCGUUUGCCAAAUAAUCUCUGCCUUCGUAUCUGUGAUCUAAAUGGGACUGUUUAUAUGGGUCAAAAUUACAUGUUGGAAAGCUGGAAGAAAUUCUACUUGCCCAAAAAGACAAAUAUGGUGGUUCUGGGGACUCUGGACAAUGUUCUGUGCAUGGCACCAGGCAUGCAGCUGGUUGUAUUGGUUUCUGAAGAUGGACGUGUCUUUCUUUAUGAGGAUGAAGAGCUGCAUAAAGCUGCUGACAGUUUGCAAGACUUUAUCAAUGGCAGUACAUGUACAAGUGAAGUUUACUGCCGCUCUCCUUCGCCAAGUCCUGAAAGUGGUGAUGAGGAUGAAGAAACCCAUAAAGAGGUAUUAAAACUUCGACAAGGAGCACAACAGUUUGUGAAUAAGGAUGCCACCAUGUUUGAGAGCUUGCUUUAUACAUUUUAGAGUCUUCCCUCUCAUCACACAAAACUCUAUAGUGAAGGACAGAACUCUGCAUAGAGAAUGGCUGCCAGAGAGUUAUACCUGAGCUCACCUUGCCACAGAAACCAGCUGGUUGGGGAUCACUGUACUAGGAUAAGAUCUUUUUUUCUGUGUUACAUGACUACAAUAAAAAUGACUUUCUCUUUCA